CCAAUCGACAGCAACAUGCGCAGAAUAAGUGAAAACUCGUGUUCCGGCACAUCUCUCAGAACAGCAUAUGUAUAUGUUGUAUUGUUGCUAGUGAUUAUUAUUUUUAUAUAGUAUCAAUACUGUAUUUACGAAAAAGAUUUCGUUGCUACUUCAUUGUAAAGGGACUUUUUCUGUUAUAUACUGAAAAACGAAGAAUAUAUCUUUGUUACUGUGUUUUCGUGUAAAAGUUUUAACAGUAUAUUAUACAGGAUAAGUUAUAACGAAUGAAUGUUUCGUGUAUGGAAUGAUACUAUUAGUGCAUCAUUUGGUAAGGUUACGUCGCCACAAAUGACAGUAGUGUUUAAUCAAAUACAAAUUCGAAUUGGAAGUCAUGUAAAUGUUCAGAAAACCUGGGAUCGUAGUAUUUUGUCAAUUUUUACUGCCACAAUAUAGAAUAUAAAUAUCUUGUAACAAUUUAUGAAUGAGGAUAAAGCAAGAUAUUUUGCGGUGGGUCUUUACUGGGGUUAUCCUGACCCAAGUAGACCGAAAAUCCGCCUUAAUAAUAAGCUUUUGAUCAAGACUGCCAAUGUGCCUAUUCCACCAGUCACCACUAAUCAGUCCACAUCACCAGAUUAUAAAGACGAAACAAUGGAACUUAGAGGUUUGUGUUCAAAUACUUGUCAACAAACUGGGCCUUUAGUGCCUGAAACACAUAUAAAUGGCAACCGAAAAUCAUUAGCCACAUUAUCAGCAUUCAACAAUGUAGGAUCUGAUAAUUGUGGAUCUAUGCCUAAUGUACAAAAUAAUUUACGUUCAUCUCGAGGAUUUUAUGCACGAUUACCACCAUUGGGUAGAUCUGGAACAUCAUCUGGUUUUAAUGUAACUGUUGAAUCAAAACAACAAAGGGAGCCAUCAGAAAAUAAAUUAAAUAUAUUAUUUGAUCAAUACAAGGAUUCACACGAAGAUGUAAUUUUAGCUGAUGGUAUAGAGAGAUUUUGUAAUGAUUUACAACUAUCACCAGAUGAAUUCAAAGUACUUGUUCUUGCUUGGAAAUUAAAUGCUGAACAGAUGUGCCAAUUUACACGUCAAGAAUUUGUGACGGGGUUGAAAGCAAUGAAAGUAGAUAGUAUACAUGCUAUACAAAUGAAAUUACCAGAAAUUGUUCAAGAGUUAACUGUUAACAGUGAUUUAUUCAAAGAUCUCUAUCGAUUUACAUUCCAGUUUGGUUUAGAUGUUAAUUCUGGUCAAAGAAUAUUACCAGCCGAUAUGGCAAUUGUUUUAUGGAAGUUAGUUUUUACCAUACGUGAACCACCUCUUUUGUCAAGAUGGCUUAAAUUUCUUGAGUGCCAUCAUGUUAGAGGCAUACCUAGAGAUACAUGGAAUAUGUUUUUAAAUUUUGCUGAAAGCAUUGGUGAUGAUCUCGGCGCUUACGAUGAUGCAGAAGCAUGGCCAAGCUUAUUUGAUGAUUUUGUAGAGUAUGAAAAUGACCAAAUGAACCAAAACAUCAGUAAAGAUGAUAUCAUGAAGGAUGCUUCUAUGAAUAAGAUUUAAUUCGACAAAGGUUUUCAUUAUAGCAAGGUAUUAUUACCUUAUAUUUAAUCUUCGAACAGAAAUAUUUAAAUUUGUCAUAAUGAAACCAUAAGAAUAUUCUUCCUCUUCGUUUCUUUGUUUUCUUCCUUUUUUAUUUUUACAUUGUACAAUGUCAAGUCGAGGAGGGUUGUUAAAUAAUUGAAACAAAAAUACUGUCCAAAGGAUUUUAUUCAGGGAGAUAUAAAUGUGGAAUUGUACACAUCUAAUGAACAUUUUAGACAACAGAAUUUCUAUUAUCUAAAUUUGUGAUACAAUAUGGAUGAGUGUAUGUAACUUUCAAUACAUUAUGAAUAUUUCGUACACUUUUUAAAGAUACCAUUAAGAAAAAGAACAAAUGUAAAAAAAGAACAUAGAAUAUCUUUUAUUCUAAAACAAAUUUUAAAAAAGUGCGCCUGACAAAUUGUUAUUAGAAUAAAAUAUAUGGUAUAAUCUCGUUUAAAAUUAAUGUAAACGCACUCUUAUAAAAUAAGUUUGGUCAAUAGCGAUCAUAGUCUAUGAUAAUGUGUUAAAUGGGCUUAUGGUUUAUUUAUAUUAUGUUCCUAUUUAUUUUUUGUUUAAUGUCAGUAAUCAAAGCCUUAAUUGUAAUGAAAAACAGCACUUUAAAUGUAACGAGAUUGUUUAGAUACAUGUAUAUAGUGCCAUGUCUUUCGAAAAUACUAACAAAUUAUAAAAAUUAAUGGUAAUUAAUACAUCAUUAAACAAACGUAUAACUCAUUAAUGUUUUAACAAACAUUACAUAUUUAUUUUUCUGUUUUAAUUUCUGCAAUUACAAGCUUCAUUUUGUUUUAUUUUAUAGACCAAUUGGUAUUAUGUUUAUAUCACAAAGUUUAAUGUAUAUGAUUUAGUAUACUUUAAUCUAUAUACUUAAGAACGCAACACUUAAAAUGGAACCCAAUAAUUUAAAGACAUAACUGUUAUUUACACAGAGGAUCUUCUUAUAAAUGAUAACAUAAUAUUAAACAUAAAAUACAAUGAACAUUCACUGACAUUUCAU